CAGUGGUGCUGGGAGGCUCGCGGGCGCGGCGCCGUUCCUCGCAGUCGGGCGGCGGCAGCGGCACAGCGCUGAGCGCACCUCGCGCCGUAGCAGCGGCGGCAGCAGCAGCAGCGGACGCAGCCCCGCGGUCACAGCCCCUGCGCUGGUGCGGCCACCCUCGCUCCCUCUGCGCUUCCUCCCUUCGCUCGCACCAUGGCUGAUCAGCUGACCGAAGAACAGAUUGCUGAGUUCAAGGAAGCUUUCUCCCUAUUUGACAAAGAUGGCGAUGGCACCAUCACAACAAAGGAACUUGGAACUGUCAUGAGGUCACUGGGUCAGAACCCAACAGAAGCCGAAUUGCAGGAUAUGAUCAACGAGGUGGAUGCUGACGGUAAUGGCACCAUUGACUUCCCGGAAUUUUUGACUAUGAUGGCUAGAAAAAUGAAAGAUACAGACAGUGAAGAAGAAAUUCGCGAGGCAUUCCGAGUCUUUGACAAGGAUGGCAACGGUUACAUCAGUGCGGCAGAACUACGUCAUGUCAUGACAAACUUAGGAGAAAAACUAACAGACGAAGAAGUAGAUGAAAUGAUCAGAGAAGCAGAUAUUGAUGGAGAUGGGCAAGUCAACUAUGAAGAAUUCGUACAGAUGAUGACUGCAAAAUGAAGGCCUACUUUCAACUCCUUUCCCCCCUUCUAGAAGAAUCAAAUUGAAUCUUUUACUUACCUCUUGCAAAAAAAAAGUUCAUUUACUCAUUCUGUUUCUAUAUAGCAAAACUGAAUGUCAAAAGUACCUUCUGUCCACACACACAAAAUCUGCAUGUAUUGGGUGGUGGUCCUGUCCCCUAAAGAUCAAGCUACACAUCAGUUUUACGAUAUAAAUACUUGUACUACCUUAAUGAUAAGGAAGCACUUAGUGGACUCCUUGCAGUUCCAUUUGCUCAUGAUUAAUACACUGUUUGGGCUGGCCAGUUUUUCAUGCAUGCAGCUUGACAAUUGAGCACAGUCAGGCAUUUGUAUUAAAAACGAAAAAUGAAAAAACAAAUCUAAAACGUACUCAACUGGGUUCUAGUUCAAUUUGUUAGUAGAAAUUGUCAUAGCUGGUUUACUGAAAACAUUUAAAAUUGGUUUACCUCAGGAUGCUGUGCAGAAAAAUGGGUGAAGGAUAAACUGUCUAGAUGUAGCCCCACUUAGGACGGCCCUCCCAUACUUCCAUGUGCCCCUUCCCCCCACCCAUGGUGACGAUGACACACAUCCUGGUGGCAUGCGUGUGUUGGUUUAGCGUUGUCUGCGUUGUACUAGAGCGAAAAUGGGUGUCAGGCUUGUCACCAUUCACACAGAAAUUUAAAAAAAAAAAAAAAAAAGGAAAAAAACCUUUACCAAGGGAGCAUCUUUGGACUCUCUGUUUUUAAAACCUCCUGAACCAUGACUUGGAGCCAGCAGAUUAGGCUGUGGCUGUGGACUUCAGCACAACCAUCAACAUUGCUGAUCAAGAAAUUACAAUAUACGUCCAUUCCAAGUUGUAAAUGCUAGUUUUUUUUUUUUUUUUUUCCAAU